AUAAUGAAGAAAAAAAUGAUCUUAAAAAAGGAGGUAUUUUCAAUCCAAAGAAUUGGAAUGAAUAUAAUUUUAAAAAAUAUUUUAGUAAUAUUCAAGUUCCUAUGACUAGAGCAAUGUUUAAAAAAACAUAUGAAGAUACGAAUUUUGAUCAUAUUCUGGAGAACAAAAUUGAAGAUGCUUUAUAUGAUUCAGAUUUAGACGAUGAAGAAAAGAUAGAUCUUAAAAGAUUUAUAAAAAAAGGAUUUUUUAAUUUAUCAUCAUGGAACGAAAAUAAUUUUAAAAAAUAUUUUAAUGACGUAGAUAUAAAAACUUAUGGAAUGUUUAAAAUGUUAUCGGAGAUGAAAAUGAAACAAGAUCAAGAAAGAGAAAAUGAUAUUUAUUAUAAAUAUAAAAAACUAUCAAAGGAACAUGAAAUUUUAUUAACAAAAUAUAACGAAUUUCAAUGUCGUAAUCAUUUUAAAUGUAAAAAAAAUAUGAAAUUAACACAAGAAGAACGAGAAAAAUUAUUUAAAAAUAACAAUAGAGAACCUCCAAAAUGUGAUUUGUGUAAUGUAAAACAUUUUAGAUGUAAAGAAACAAAUUGUGAUAUGUGUUGUAAUUUAAAUGCAUGUGAUUCGUACCCAUGUAAAAAUUGCAAAGAUAAAAAGAUCGAUUGUGAAUAUUCGAUUAUAAGGAAUAAAGAAGAAUUUGAAACAUUUGAAAAAUUAGGUAUGACAGCUUAUAUUGGACAAAUAGAAGAUACUAAAGAAGGAAAACCUCAUGUUCAUGGUUAUUGUCAAUUUAAAAAAGUAGUUAGUGUUAAAAAAAUAAAAGAAAUGUUUGGAGAUAAUUCAAUAUAUUUAGUUUUUAGAUUUUGGGGUAAUGUAGAAUCCAAUAUAGAAUAUGCAUCAAAAUUGUAUAAUCGAUGUGAGAAACAUAAGAAAAAAAAGUGUAGAUGUGAUUAUUUUGACCUUAAUUAUAGAUGUGAGAUUUGUAAUGAUAAUUGUCCAGUAAGAACAAGAGCUAGAAGAAAUGAUUUAUUUAGAUUAGUUG